AUGUCACCAUCAUCAGAACCCAUCUCCCCCCCCUCCUUCGCAACAACGCAACUCUCCCUCCUCGCCUCAGAGCUCGCAGCCGAAGUCGCAGAAUCAUCCGCCCUCGUCUCCGCACACUCCCCAACAGCCCUCCAACGCGCAGGCCUGGCCCUGCCCAACCUCGUCGUCGGCGCCCGCCGCACAGGUCUAGGCGGCCGGACCGUGCUAGAACUCACCCCGGACACCGCCGUCUCCUCCGCCACCGGUGAGCUCCCGGAACACGGCCUCCGACCGGGCGACAUCGUGCUAGUCUCGGAGCAGCCCGCCGGCAACGCCAAGAAGAAGGAAGUGAAAGAGCUUGAGAGUAAGGGAGCCCGCGGCGUCGUGACGAGGGUGAGGAGAGAGGCUGUUGGGGUUGCUGUCGAUGAGGGGAAGGGGGAGGAGAGGGAGUUUACCGGCCGGGUUUGGAUUGUCAAGGUCGCUGACGAUGUCACGUACCGAAGAAUGAGUCAAACCAUGGGGAGGCUCGAAAAGAUGACGGAGGCAGAGUACACCGCCUUCAUGCGCGUCCUCUUUGGCCUCUCAAGCCCGUCACCGGUGCCGCCGAACCUGGCAUCCGACCCUGACCUCUCCAAGAUCCAAUGGAUCGACCCGUCCCUGAAUGACUCCCAAAAGGACGCCAUCCGGUUCGCGCUGGCAUCGCGCGAAGUAGCCCUCAUCCACGGACCGCCAGGCACCGGCAAAACCCAUACCCUCAUCGAGCUAAUCCUCCAGCUCAUCAAGCUUAACCUCCGCAUCCUCGUCUGCGGUCCCUCCAACAUCUCCGUCGACAACAUCGUCGAGCGCCUCGCGCCGCACAAGAUCCCCAUCCUCCGCCUCGGCCACCCAGCCCGCCUCCUCCCCAGCGUCCUCGCCCACUCCCUCGACGUCCUCACACAAACCUCCGAGGCGGGCGCCAUCGUAAAGGACGUCCGCGCCGAAAUGGACGCCAAGCAGGCCUCGAUCAAAAAGACGCGCAACGGCCGCGAGAAGCGCCAAAUCUACGCCGACCUCAAGGAGCUCCGCAAGGAGUUCCGCGAGCGCGAGCGCGGCUGCGUCAGCAACCUCGUCCGCGAGAGCAAGGUCGUCCUGGCGACGCUGCACGGCGCGGGCGGUCACCAGCUCCGGGACCAGCAGUUCGACGUCGUCAUCAUCGACGAGGCCAGUCAGGCCCUCGAGGCGCAGUGCUGGGUGCCCUUGCUCGCGGCCAAGAAGGCCGUCUGUGCCGGCGAUCAUCUGCAGCUGCCGCCGACGAUCAAGUCUCUCAAUGUCAAGGUGAAGGCAGCCGCGGCGGCGGUCCCCAAAGAAGACGCCGAGAAGCACAUCAAGGGCAUGACGCUGGAGACGACCCUUUUUGAUAGACUGCUCGCCCUGCAUGGGUCAUCCAUCAAGCGUAUGCUGACCACGCAGUACCGCAUGCACGAAAGUAUUAUGAGAUUCCCGUCCGACGAGCUCUACGAGGGAAAGCUCAUUGCUGCGGAGGCAGUCAAGGAGCGCUUGCUAAAAGACCUACCGUACGAGGUCGAGGACACGGAAGAUACCAACGAGCCGUUGAUCUUCAUUGACACGCAAGGGGGCGACUACCCCGAAAGGAGCGAGGAUGAUGACAAAGACACCGUCAAGAAAGCAAAGUUCAGCUUGCAUGGGGAGAGCAAGAGCAAUGAGAUGGAAGGAGCUCUGGUUCGGCAACACGUCCAGAAGCUGGUCGACGCCGGAGUGAAGCCAGAAGACAUCGCCGUCGUGACCCCUUACAACGCUCAGCUCGCCAUUUUAGCGCCCCUGAAAGAACUGUUUCCAGGCAUCGAGCUGGGCAGCGUGGAUGGCUUCCAGGGCCGUGAAAAGGAGGCAGUCAUUGUCAGCCUUGUACGGAGCAAUACCGAAGGAGAAGUAGGGUUCCUUGGCGAGAAGCGCCGACUGAACGUGGCGAUGACGAGACCUAAACGGUCGCUGACGGUGAUCGGAGAUUCAGAGACAGUCAAGAGAGGCAGUAACUUCCUCAAGAGGUGGACGGACUUCCUCGAGGAGAACGCUGAUCUGCGUUAUCCGGACUUGUCGUCACUUCAAGGGUCCUGA